AUGUCGGUUAUUGGUAUUGAUUUUGGUAACGUUGAUUGCGUCAUUGGGCAAGCAAAACGUGGUGGUAUUGAUAUUAUCCUGAAUGAAAAUUCGAAUCGUAAAAAUCCCAAUCUCGUUUGUAUCCAAGGGAAACAACGGUUUAUUGGCGAAGCAGCCAUUAGUAUGGCAAGAAUGCAUGCGAAAAAUACAGCGACGGAUGUCAAACGUUUGAUUGGUUGUAAAUAUAAACAAAAGGAAGUUCAACAAGAGAUUGCGCAACUUGGUUAUGAAUGUGUUGAACUUGCCAAUGGUCAAGUGGGGAUUGUACUCCAGUAUAAUGACGAACCUGUGACGUUUUCAUGUGAACAAGUGGUUGGAAUGAUACUAAACAAGAUGCAGAAUAUUGCAGCAAGUGCGAAUAAUGGCAUGAAUCCAGCCUAUUGUGUAUUAUCAUGUCCUGGUUUCUAUACGGAUGUACAACGUCGUGCUCUUUUGAAUGCAACAAAGAUUGCAGGAGUGAAUUGCCUACGUCUUAUGAAUGAACAUACAGCAAUUGCACUUGCUUAUGGAAUCUACAAGUCAGCUCGUAAUCUAUUUCAUGAGACCGAUCCUCAAUAUGUCAUGUUUAUUGACUUGGGGCAUGCUAGUUAUACCGUUGCAAUUGUUGCAUUUGUGCAAGGUCGUCUUACGGUCAAGUCUGCUGCCUUUGAUCGGUUUCUAGGUGGACGUGACUUUGAUCUAGCGAUUGCCAAGGACGCAGCUGCUAAGUUUGCUGAGAAAUACAAGACAAACCCAAUGGAUAAUUCCAAGUCACGGAUUAAAUUGCUCUCAGCAUGUGAAAAAGCCAAAAAGAACCUCAGUCCGUACGGUGUUUCAGCUACGCACAUGAACAUUGAGUGUCUAGCAGAUGAUCGUGAUUACAAUGCCCAGGUGACACUUGAAGAAUUUGAGGAGCUUAUUGCUCCACUUUUGGAACGCCUGGAUGGACCCAUUGAACGUGCUCUUGCCGACGCUGGCGUCGAGAAGUCGCAGCUAGCUAAUGUGGAAAUUGUGGGUGGUGGCACCCGCGUAAGCAGCGUCAAGCGCCACAUUGCAGAAGUGUUGGGUCUAGACAAGGAACAGCAAAAUUACGGCCUGAGCACGACUUUGAAUGCCGAUGAGUCAGUGGCCCGUGGUUGUGCCCUCAAUUGCGCUAUCCUGUCGCCCAUGUUUAAAGUGAAGGAGUUCAGCGUCACGGAUCGUGUGCAUUUUCCCGUGCGCGUAUCGUGGGAUGGUAGUGCCUCGGGUGCUACGGACGCUGCUGAGGAUGACGAGGACGUGAACAUGGAGGUUCCGUCUUCAGAAGACAACGCGCUGGUGAUCUUUACCCGCAAGGACGAGUACCCGAAGACAAAACGGAUUACGUUUCGCCGCGACAAGCCGUUCUCUAUUGACGCUGCGUACGACGAGUCGGCCAAGGCUUACCUGCCUUCUGACUAUGUUAUGGACAUUGGCAAGUAUACGGUCUCUGGUAUGCCUACUCAGGAGGCUGGCUCCGAGAUUGCCAAGAUCCGCGUGAAUGUGCAGCAGGACAUGAAUGGUCUGUUUUCGGUGGCGUCUUCGCAGCUGAUGCAGGAAAUCAAGGAGGAGGAGAAACCUGCUGAGGCCGAAAGCGAUGAGAAAAAGGAAGACGAAAUUAAGGAGGGUGGAGACAAGAAGGAGGACAAGCCCGCUGAGCCCAAGAAGAAGCGUUUCCGCAAGAUUGAGCUUUCUGUGCACGCACAGGUCAGUGGUCUGUCGAGUGCUGAUGUGUCUUCUGCCACUGAGCAGGAGUUAAAGAUGGCGCAGCAGGACCGUGUGAUUGAGGAGACGUUUAACAAGCGCAAUGAGCUGGAGAGCUUUGUAUACGAGAUGCGUAACCAGAUUACAAACAAGCUAGCUGGCUUCAUCACUAGCAAUGAGAAGAGCAACGUUGAAACGAAGCUAAUUGAGACGGAGGACUGGCUGUACACGGAUGAAGGCUUUGACAGCACCAAGUCAGCGUAUCAGCAAAAGCUGGACGACUUGCGCAAGCUAACUUCGCCAGUGGAGUUCCGUCAGACGGAGAGCACGGAACGUUCUGUUGCUCAGGCUGAGUUGACGUCUGUGCUUGAAGAAUACAAGCGCAUGGUCAAUUCGGGCGACGACGCGUACUCGCACUGGACUGAGGAUGAGAAGACGAAACUUCGCCAGACAUGCGUUGACGCCGAGUCGUGGCUGUUUGACGGUCUUUCGAAGCAAGCAGAGCUGGACCCGACGAGUGCUCCGGUGCUUACAUCGGCUUCCAUCCGUAGCAAGAUUGUGGCUGUGCGAGCGGUAGCUCUUCCGAUCACAACCAAGCCGAAGCCGUUACCAAAGGUGGAGACAGCAGUUGCUCCAGAGCCAACCGAAGCUGCACCUGCUACUGACGAGAAGGACGCUGCUGAAAAGAUGGAUCUUGAUUAG